UCAAGAUGGCGGCGGCGGCGGCGCCCGCUUGGACGGCGCUGAGCUGGGACAUCCCUCCCCAAAACGGUCACGAUGUGUAUUUCUCACGAGACCUUUAUGAGAAAUAUUCUCUGGCUCCAACCCUCUCCGAACUAAUGUCGUUCUCAAAAAGGCCCUUGGAGAACAAAGCUGCUCCGUCACACUCGGGGCCCGAAAAGCAGCAGCAGCCUGCCCAAGAGACUGCCGUGAAAACAGAGCCCUCUGUGGCCCCUCCCCAGGAGCCCCGGGUCCCCUACCCCUAUGUUUCCAGCCUGUCUGAGAAAGAGCAAAGGAGAUACUUGUUUCUUUUGUCUGAGUAUUUAAAUGCCGACCCAAAGCUCUUAGCCUGGUCUCAGCAAAGGAAUUACACUCAGUAUCUGCAAAUGAAAGAAUUUGUGAGCAAAGAAGUUGCAGAAUUCUUGAAAUUUGCCCGGAAUGCUGCUAGAAGCUGUGCUAAAGAUUACAGUGACAUCUCUGAAGAUGCCUUGCUGUACACCAAGGAUUUCCUGAGCGCUCGUAUGGGCUGCGUGAAGAAUUACCCUGAAUGGUAUUCUCUACACGAAGUUACCAGCCUCAUGGGUGGACGAUUUAGUAGAGAGCUGACCCUGAAGUUUGAAAAAAGUCUUCUUGCCUUGGGAAUGGUGCACCUUGUUAAGCGAUUCUUCCCCAAGCUGCCAACAUCAAUUAAUUUACCUGCGGAUCAAGCUAAGCAUGAACGACUCUGUGGGACUCCGGAGCACCGUGCUGCCCAGCUGCACAAUGACAUUAGCACUGACCCAAAUGCUGAAAAACUGGCUGCCAAAUAUUGUCCUCAGGUGGUUUUGACCGGUGAAUCUUUAUAUACUCUGUUGAACAAUCAUGGCCUGGAUUAUAAGCAGCAGUGGGAACUUCCUGUGUCGGUGAAAACAGUUUCUCUUGCUGGCCUGAAACCAGUCAAAGUGGCCUACAUCAACCCGCCUCUCCCGAAGAAGGAGAUGAGCGUGAGGGAAAAAAACCAGUUUUUCCAUGAAUUCCUAGCAGAUUUUCACAUGACGAAGCAAUCCAGUAUUGUAUCCCGGGCUGUGAUACUAGACAAGCCGUCAGAAGAGCUGCCGGGAGCAGAGCUAAAAACCUGCCCAGGCAGACCCUCACAGGAAUCCGUUUCUGCAGAUCUGGACUUCGAUACGGAUGUCACCAAACUGGAGAGUUUUGCCUCGGCCACAAGGCCUCUGAGCGCUUCUCUGGCUGAGGUCUCCCCUGCAAAGCCGGCCGGAUUGUCUGCGGUCUUCUCGGAGCACCUGAAAAUGGAAAAGGGGCAGGAAGGGAGGAGGAGGAGUAAAGCAAAGGACCAGGAAACAGACUUCAGCAGCAGGAAGGCCUCGGCCUCGGGAAAGAGCCUCCCGGAUUUGGAUAGUGAGGGAAACUCGUCGGGUGAAGCUUUCGAUCUGAUGGAAACAGACCCAGAUGGCAGAAGCCUUGCUUUGGCCAAAGAGAAAAAUGUGGACUGCAAUAUCUUGAUCGCUUCUCCGGAUAAAAAUUACAAUAUCAGUGAAGGAACUGCUGAAGACGUCCGAUCCCCUGCCCUGUCCUGCAGCAGUGACACGGAUGGAGAACAUCUGAUCAUCGACGCAGAACGUGAACCUGGCCACACGUCUCAACCUGGCGUGGUCCCUUCCAACCCCAGCUCUCCUUCCCCCAGCCCUGGAGAGGCUUUCCUCUCAGAAAAACCAGCCGAGUCUUCGGAGACGCAUGCAAAGACUUCUCCCUGCAAGCUUCGGCCACGAUUAUCCCAGAAAAUCGAUCCCCUGGGGCAGAUUUUGAAAAUGCAAACGAAGCUCCUGAAGCCCCCUUCUCCAAAUUCUCAGGGGCACCUGCUGGUAACCAGUGAAAGGAGUUUGAAUCCUACUCAAGGCCAGGCAGAUGCCCCUUCUCUCCCUUUGGCCUCUUCAGUUGUGGAGCCAGGACAAACUACGGUAACAAAUGCAGGCACCGCCUCCAAGUUCACCUGGGCAACCUAUUACCAGGGGCCUCAGAAAGGGAUGCUGUGGGACGCAGUUGAAGAGACGGCCAGCUACGAGCCUCCUCAGCACGGCAACCUGGUCUACAAAUUGUACAGCUUGGACGACAUGCUGCUGUUGGUGAGGACCACCAUCCAGAAAGUCGAGUUGAGACCCCAUCAGAAAAAGGCGAAAUUCAGGAGGCACUUUCCUGUUUACGUGUUGCCAAAGUUGGAAUACCAGGCCUUCUACGGCGUAGAAACAUUGACUGAAGACGAAGUCUGUCGGCUGUGGACCGAAAGCUUGUUACAUUCCAAUACUUCAUUCACUGUGGGUCACAUCGAUGCCCUGACUUCACAACUCUUCCUGCUUGAGCGGCUGACGGGGAAGGCCUUGAAAAGACGAUUCGGCACAUUUAAUCCAACCAAUUCAUUACAUAUUCUCCAAAACAUCUUGAAGAAAGUGGCUGGCUUGCAGGAGGGCUCCUUCCUCUUGACUCACCUGGCGGGAGACUCCUCGGUGUCCAUCUACAAGAGCUCGGAUGGAAUUGCCACUCGGGCCAUGUACAACCUGCACGCCGCUCACGCCGACCUGCCCCCCGCCCCGGCUGCCCUCUCGGUGCCCUGGGUCCCCCUCGACCCCAACAUCCCUCUGCCGCAUCACUUUGCUCAGGGCCGCGUCCCGUGCACUUUCCCACCGGUGCCGGACAAGGGCGCCAGGACCACAAAGAUGAGCAGGAAGGCCAAAGCUUUCCCCGGCACACCCAGCCACCGAGGGCCAAUCUCCACGGAAUCCAGGGACGGUUCCCUCCAGGCUGAGCCCCCAAGAAAGAAGCGUGGGGCUGCGCAGAAGCCGGCAAAUCAAGGCCCAAACCGGAAAUUCUGGAAAAAGAAGCGCCUCAACCAAGCCACGUGACUGAAUCGUGAGCAGGAACAGCAGUUUUUCUACAGCAAAAGAGCCUCUUCACCAGUGAAUGAAGAAGGUGGGGGACAAUUCCAUCAGACCGGGCGCGGUUGCCAGGCAGGGCAGCCAUGAAACCUUUCCACGUCUUCGGCAUUUGAGGAGUUUCUCCUGCGUCGAGAACACCUGGAGCAACACGGGAAGGAGGGCAGCCAACUCUGCACCGAUCACAACUGCUUAUAUAUCGCCAUUUGUUCCCAGUAAUGUUACUGGGUGGAAACCAAGCCCUGCGGUAGCUUUCCGUUAAAAUGGGCAGUUGCAUUUAAAGAGUUCUGCUCUUUUUGGGCAGCUGGAGCGGAGGUGGUAGAGAACAGAUCUUACUUUAAAUUUCCCUGCCCUUUUCUGCAGGUUGCAGGAAUGUCAGGAAAACAGUCUCAGCCACAGCCACAAACUGCUUUCAAGUUUAAAUGUUGCUUUUAGAGGUCUCUGAUUUGGGCAUUUAGGUGUUUUGAGGGUUUAAAACAAGGGUGCCCAACCUUAGCAACUUUAAGACCUGUGGACUUCAACUUCAGUUUAUUUAUUUAUUUCCUUUUUCAGAGGGUCAAAGUGAGUACUGGGGUGGCUUUGAGCGUAGGUGUCUUUGUCUUUUCAAAAUACAGUUAAAAUUCCCCCGUGGCUGAUUUCUAAUUUCUUUCUUUCUUUCUUCUUUUUGUGGAAUACAUAUUUGAAUUUUGCUUGGGCUUUUUGCCCAGCUUGUACGCUCAUUGUCAUUUGGCACUAUUUUGUAUGCCAGACUAAUUAACAUUGGAGUCGGUGGUUGCGUGGCCGCAGUUGUGUAGUGCUCCUGCCCCAGGCGAGAUCAGGAUGAAGUGGGCAGGGCAGCCUUGAUGUCACGGCACAGAAAAGUUUUCAGCCAAAGCAUCGCCAUGUUUUUGCAAAGUUACACCCGGUGUCUGAGACAUCAGCCCUCCUGUCUCACAUUCCAGGCACUAAAGUUUUCAGAUAUAUUUUUGUUGUUGUUGUUGUGGGUGUUUCUGCACUGAUAUUUAUUUAUUUAUUUUAGGCACGGUUUAUUUCUUAGGAUCCCUGCCUAAAUGCAGGGCUUUCCCCAAGAAAGAACGUGGUUUCAGUUUGGUUUGUACGUCGCCACGUAACGCUCUCCUAGUUCCCGAAGAGCCGUGAGUUUUUCAUCCGGUUGCCACAACAAACGCCGUCUUUGUUUCUGCCGUCUGCUGGGGUUGGCUGGUUUCAGUGAGAAGGUAGAGCCUUUCGGUUGCAGUGUUGCUUCACAUCAGGUUUUCUUUCAAAAUCCAAUCUGACCUCCCACAAGGAAAAUGUUUCGGAGAUGAGUCAUGCACAAUAACCGGGUGGGGUGGGGUUCCCGAAGCUUUGGCUGGCUCCAGAGAGGGAUUUAAAAAACUCUGCUUGACAACAGAGGAGAUAUCUGGAAGGCUUUUCCUCUGAACUCGGCCUCUGCAAUUAAGGUCCAAAGUUCCACUCGAGCGCGUUGCGGCAAAACGGACUUCUUAAAGGCAGCCGUAGCUUCUUCGCUGCUCGGGGACACAGGCCGUUCAGCUGCUCUAAGGGAAAUUUGGUGCCUGUUCAGCGCUGCUUUGGCUGGCUGGCUGGGUGGGUGGGUUUUGUGGGUGGCUGAAUGGGGGCUUUAACUUGGCCCCUUUUUAUAGUGUGUUAAAAAAAGGGGAAUUCUGCAUUGGGAAGUUUUUGAGGGUUUGAAAUGGGGGUGUCCGCCCUUAGCAACUUCUUAAGUCCUGUGGAUUUCAACUCCCAGGAUUCUGGGAGUUGAAGUCCAGAGGUCUUAGAAUUGUGCCAAGUUUGGACACUCCUGGUUUAAAAGAAUUUAACUUCCGAUUUGCAAUUUUCCUUGCAGUUACUAUUUCAGUCAGUCUCGUCAAGCUGUUAUGGUGGCCCUGUGCAGCAUGGACAUGUAGGAAGAUAAGCUUAAGUCUCUCUUAUUUUAGGGAUCUGUGCACCCACCGUAAGAUUAAAUCUGCUUUGGAAAUCGAUUUGCUUCAGUUCGUCCCUGAAUCUGAGUGGGAGACUGGCCAACAACGCCUGUCCCAAUCCAAAGCAAAGUUCAGAAAUUCAUACUUCCCUUUUGACUCUCCACAGGAAAUCCACAAACGGCUGUAAUUUAGUUUUUCUGCUACAGAAAAAUAACGUGCAAUUUGCAGGACUCGGAGAUGUUCCCCAAACACCCAUCAGCCCCGCCUCUUCCGUUCGUGAUUUUCCCCGGCUGUGUGUGUAAUAAAAUGAAAACAUAGGUAA